AUGCCUAGGACAAACACUCCAGAGAAAGGGCACUCGGUUGUCAAGACUGGAGCGGUUGUGAUAGAUACUGGUACCGGAACAUGUAAAGCAGGGUUUGCAGGUCAACAAACUCCCCAGUCGGUCAUUGGGACGUUGGUUGGACAUCCCACUGAAAAGUCCAUGAGGACUAGAAGAGACAGGCCAGAUACCUUCAUUGGGGAGCGAGCACGGUUGGAGCCUGAUGUUGAUAUCAUUUUGCCGUUAAGACAUGGCAUCAUCAUAGACUGGGACGCAGUCGAAGUUCUGUGGAGGCACCUGUUCUACCAUGACCUCAAGGUUUCUCCAGAAGACCAUGCGCUCUUAAUGUCCGACCUUCCCCUCUGCCCAACCACGAACAGAGAAAAGUUGGUGGAGGUUGUCUUUGAGUCCCUCAACUCACCUGGGAUGUAUGUGGCAUAUCAGUCUGUAUUGUCAGUGUAUGCCCACGGACAAAUCAGUGGGUUGGUGGUGGACACAGGUUAUGCUACGUCACACACUGUGCCAGUCCAUCAAGGGUACAAUUUGCCACAUGCCACGGAAAGGAUGGACAUUGCUGGAGCCAACAUGACUUCAUGUCUGAUGGACCUCCUUAAGGACAUGGGACAUUCUUUCGAUGAAAGAAUGCUGGACGUCAUCGAUGACAUCAAACAGAAAUGCUGUUACGUGGCCAUCGAUUUUGAGACUGAGUGGAAUCGUCCCAAAAGAGAGUAUAUGGUGGACUACCAGUUGCCCGAUGGCCAAAUUAUCACCUUGGGGAAAGAGAGAUUCCAGUGUCCAGAGAUAUUGUUCAACCCUCCACAAAUGUCUGGACUUCGUCUUUUGGGGAUCCAUGGCAUGGCGCUGAGAAGCAUAAGUAAAAUCCCUGAAGAAUCUCGGAAGGAAAUGUAUGAGAAUAUAAUGUUAUGCGGAGGAUCGUCCCUCUUCGAGGGAUUUGAAAAGAGAUUCUUGCAUGACGUCAUGACCUCCGUGCCAACCAACACAAAAGUGCGAGUCACGGGCAUCCAGCUGAGGAAGUACACUGUUUGGACUGGGGGAUCCAUUCUUGCUUCUCUGAGAAACUUCCAGCCGUGCUGGAUUCGAAAGGAGGAAUAUCACGAAUGUGGGCCAUACAUCGUCCACAAGAAGUGCUACUGA